AUGGAGGUCACAGUGGACCUGGCUAUCGACUUUGAAUGCUAUUUACCUAGCGUCUUCUCUACAGUUGAAGGGCCACCUCAACCUACUGCCAAGCAAGACCUGACAGGCACAAGGAAAGGUGCAAUGAUGAAGACUUUUUCCCUAGUUGUGAAUAUUCUUGCAUUUACCUUACCAUUGUUGUGCCGUGAGAAUGAUGAAAGAUUGCUUAAUCAGAAAACUGCCAAGUAUAUCCCAAUUCAUUAUGUGUUGAAUAACUAUCCUCACUAUGUGCCCAGUUACUACCCACAUAAGCCAGCUGUACCAGUUAAUAAUCAAUAUAUUCCUUAUCCAUUUAAUGCAAAACCAGUCGCUGUUAGGCCACAUGUCCAAAUUCCUCAGUGGCAAGUCCUACCAAAUACCUAUUCACCUACUGUGCUACGUCACCCACACCUACCUGCAUCAUUUGUUGCCAUUCCCCCAAAGACAAGUCAGGAUAAGACAGGUGUCCCUACCAUCAAUACCGUUGCUAUUGCUGAGCCUACACUUAUUUCUACCACUGAACCAAUAGUGAACACUGUAGUCACUACAGAAGCUUCCUCAGAAUUCACCAUCACAAGCACACCUGAGACUACCACAGUUCCAGUGACUUCAACCAUGGUCUAA